AUGAAGUUCACUGCCUUCACCGCUGCUCUCGCCGGCAUCACCUCGGUCAAUGCUGCCUGGGAAUCUAUCUACAUUGUCAACUCCAGGAAAGGCAAUGAGAUCUCCAGCGGAUGCGCCUACUACCAGGACAAUGCUGGGGCCUGGGGCAGACGCCCUGACGACUACGUCGAUGUCACCCACGGUAGCCACCGCGUUUGGGAAGGCAAACGCACCGCUUGCCGAUUUAACAGUGGUGUGACAUUCAAUGUCGACAUCAACGCCGAUGCAUAUGAGCAAAACAACAAUGCGUGGGUCGGAGGAGGAAACAAUGGUUUCAAGCAGUUUACUUGCCACAAGACUCACAACAGGGCUGUCACUGUUCCAACCUUGUACACUGUCGAUGGUUGGACUGUUCAGGGUAUCUACUGGUGCAGGGAGUACGUAGGAGGCAAGCGUGAUUGGAUUGCUUAG